AUGGAAAUUGCUAUGAUAAGAGCCAACGUGGAGGAGGAUUGUGAAGCAACAAUGGCGAGAUUUUUAGCCGGCCUAAAUCGGGAUAUUGCCAAUAUCGUCGAGCUUCAACACUAUGUAGAAGUUAUGGACAUGGUGCAUAUGGCAAUAAAAGUUGAAAAACAAUUGAAACGGAAAGGACCCACGCGAACAUAUCCAACGGCUUCUACCAACAAGUGGGCUCAAGGGACUAGCAAAGCCCCCAAUCGGCCUAAGGAGCCUUUCGUUGCUGCCAAACCCAAUCAAGUAAGUGCCGAUGCUAGCAAAAAUAAAAAUGAGGCUGUCUCGAAUCAUUCUCGCGAUAUCAAGUGUUUCAAGUGUCAAGGAAGAGGCCACAUUGCGAGUCAAUGUCCUAAUCGACGAGUGAUGGUGGUUCGUUCAAAUGGCGAGAUUGAGUCCGAAGAUGAACAAGAGGAGGAGCCUGAAAUUCCCAUGGAGGAAGGUGAAGAACUCGAGCUGCCCGUUGAAGGAGAAUUACUUGUUGUCAAAAGGAGCUUGGAUAUCCAAGUAGCCGAGGAAGAACAACAACGAGACAACAUCUUUCACACCCGUUGCCAUGUUCAAGGCAAGGUAUGUAGUUUGAUUAUUGACGGAGGGAGUUGCACCAAUGUCGCAAGCUCUUUGCUUGUUGAAAAACUUGGUUUAGCUACCACAAAGCAUCCAACUCCUUACAAGCUACAAUGGCUAAACGACGGAGGCGAACUCAAGGUGACGAAGCAAGCAAGGGUGGUGUUUUCCAUAGGCAAGUACCAAGAUGAGGUGGUUUGUGAUGUCGUACCAAUGCACGCGGGACAUUUGCUAUUGGGGCGUCCUUGGCAAUUUGACCGGCGAGUAGUCCACGACGGCUAUACAAACCGAUAUUCAUUUAAGCACCUUGGAAGGAAUGUUACAUUAGCUCCUCUCACACCGAAGCAAGAAUUUGGAGAUAUUUUUCCCGAAGAAGUGCCAAAUGGCCUACCUCCCAUUCGAGGAAUCGAGCACCAAAUCGACUUUGUGCUCGGUGCUGCAAUUCCAAAUAGGCCAGCAUAUAGAAGUAAUCCUGAGGAAACGAAGGAAUUGGAAAAGCAAGUAGUCGAAUUAAUGGAGAAGGGCUACAUCCGUGAAAGCUUAAGUCCGUGCGCGGUUCCGAAGUUGACCAAAAAAGGUCAAGGCGAUCAACGAAUGGUCUGCGUCCAACAAACAUCACCAAGUGAGGAGUUUUCACGGGUUGGCAAGCUUCUACCGAAGGAAUGUUUAACUAAUGCCCCUCUGUUGUCUUUACCUGAUUUUAACAAAACAUUCGAGAUAGAGUGUGAUGCUUCAGGUAUCGGCAUUGGCGCUGCUUUGAUGCAAGAUGGACGGCCUAUUGCAUACUUUAGUGAAAAGCUCAACGGAGCUACAUUAAAUUAUCCAACGUAUGAUAAGGAACUAUAUGCGUUGAUUCAAGGUCUUGAAACAUGGCAACACUAUUUAUGGCCGAAGGAAUUCGUAAUCCAUUCGGACCACGAGGCUCUAAAGCAUUUGAAGGGACAAACCAAGCUCAAUAAACGUCAUGCCAAGUGGGUGGAGUAUUUGGAGUCGUUUAAAGACGUGAUCAAGUAUAAAAGGCAUGAGGGCUAUUUAUUUCGUGAAGGCAAGCUUUGUGUGCCUCAAAGUUCUGUGAGAAACGUCCUUGUAGAAGAAGCUCAUAGCGGAGGACUUAUGGGCCACUUUGGAAUUGCUAAAACUUUAGCAAUAUUGCAUGAACAUUUCUAUUGGCCCAAAAUGAAACGUGACGUAAUAAGGAAAUGUGAUCGUUGCAUCACUUGUAAGAAGGCAAAGUCACGAAUCAAACCGCAUGGUUUAUACACCCUGUUGCCUAUUCCUGAUGCUCCAUGGAUGACAGGAUCAGAAGAUCGUAGUCGUGGUGGAGAUCAACCACCAAAUUUGCAAAUGCAAGCUAUUACUCGCACCUUGCAACGCCUAUUAGAAAAUGCAUUAGAGCCUAUACACUCUCGCUUGGACAAGAUUGAAGGGGUGGGACGUUCAGAUCCAGAUGCUUAUCUGACAUGGGAAAGCAAGGUUGAACACGUUUUUGAGUGUUAUAACUACUCAGAACAUAAAAAAGUUCGACUAGCAGCUAUGGAGUUUGUUGACUAUGCACUGGGCAACAGGAGCGUUGAGGACUAUUUCAAGGAGAUGGAGAUGUCCAUGAUGCGUGCAAACAUAGUUGAGGACCGUGAGGCGACUAUGGCUCGGUUUUUGGCAGGUUUAAAUUCUGAAAUAGCAAACAUUGUUGAAAUGCAACAUUAUGUUGAGUUGGAUGACAUGGUGCAUAUGGUGAUCAAAAUUGAGCGACAACAACAUAGAAAAGCUUCUACUCGAGGUAAUACUCCAUUUAAAUCUUUUUCGAAUCCUUUAUACACCCCUAACAAUGCCAGGAAACAAGCACCACAACCGCCAUUACGGAUUCGAGAGCGUGCAAACCCAAAGCAAACCAAAGCCUCCCAUUGCGAUAAUGGACGUGGCAAACAACCAAUGGUGGCACCGAGCGAUCAAGAGAUAUUCAGUGCUUUAAGUGCCUUGGUAGAGGACAUGUUGCUAGCCAGUGUCCUAAUCGGAGGGUUAUGUUGA